GCAGCAGUGACGGUCACGUGAAUCGUCUCGUGAGAGCAGGAAGAAGGAAUGACAACAGUACCGCUGACACUUUUCCUCUCUUCACUUUUUUUUUUUUUUUUUUAAAUCUGCAAUAAGCUUCGGACGACUAUGACUUCCAUCGUGAAGGAAACACGAAGCAUAAAAGAAGCGGUGACUUUCAUCAAUGCGAUUGAUGUGAACAAGUUCUCCAGGCUGAUCUCUCGCAUCAUACAAAAGCUCCAUCUGAAGGGCGAGCGGACGUUCAGUGAGGAAGAGGAGCAAAAGCUUCAGGCUGCUCUCUCAUUGGAUAAACAGGCUCUCAACCUAGUUCUGGAAACUGCUGCCUUCAUACUAGAGCAGGCUGUGUAUCAUAACGUGAAGCCGGCCGCUCUGCAGCAGCAGCUGGAGGCGGUUCAUCUGAACUCCGACAAGGCUGAGGUUUUCUCUCAUUCCUGGGCCACCGCUGGACCCGAGCUGCUGGAGAAGCUAAAACACAACACAUUUGCCCCAAAGAAGCUGGAGUAUGUAGGUUGGCAGUUGAACCUGCAGAUGGCCCAGUCCAGCCAGGCCAGACUGAAAUCUCCCAGUGCCAUCCUCCAACUGGGGCUCCGCAAUGACGACUCUGAGGUCCAGGAAAAUGUCUUUGUUGAGUUUAACCACCAGGAGCUGCUUGAAUUGUACAACAAGCUUGAAAUCGUACAAGGCCAGUUGGACUCCUUGACUUGAUGCCUGCUGCUCUGUGUAGAACCACACACACACACACACACAUGCAAGUUGCUAGAAUUUUUGCUGACAGCUCCGCCAGCUGUUAGAAGCCUACCAAUUCCAUUAUUGCUCUAAUUUACGAGAGAAAAAUGUCAAAAUGAGCAGCCAGGAGUUUCAUUCCCUCACUGAAUUGAUCGAGACAUUGUGAUAAAUCUCCUUUUGCUUUGAAAUGUUCAUUGAGGAGAUGGUUCGGAAAAGGACCUCUUCCAAUUUGAAUAGAUUUUUAGUGACAUUCCUCAGUUCCCUGCAGAAAGUACGCUUAAUGUUUGAUUGUGAUGUCUAAUAAACGUGCCAACAGUCAGUGAUGUUGAAAAUUGAAGUGCACCUCGGAGAAAAAAGAAAAUUAGAAGUCGGACUGUCGCUUUGACUUGAGACGAAACGAAGUGUGUAACUCGGUGAAUGAGUCGUCUUCUAAUAAAAUGUGAAAUGGAGAUGAAA